AUGAUUCAAUCGAUACUUCGCCUCAAUGAUUCUCCUCCUUGUACAUUGGUUGGCCAUUCAAAAUUAUCGUUAUCAUCAAAACAACACAAUGCCAAAUAUUUGGUUCAAUCAUCAUCCCGUCAGCACAGAUGUUUUGUAUCAAUAGCCACGGCUUGCGCUGUUUCUUUAAUUCCGAUUUGGAAAAUUUAUUCUCAAAUUCAACAUACGAAAUGUGUGUUACGAAAAGCCGAUGAAUGUAAAAGAUGGCCUUUUGCAAGAGGCAUUGUACAAUCAGUAAAUAUUGAAAAAGGAGAUGCAUUGUUUGGAAUGAUAAAAUCGUCUAGAAUUAAUAUUCAAUACGAAUAUCGGCUAGGAACUAGUGAUUAUUUCAUAAAACAUUCCGAAAGCAAUAGUUAUAGAAAGAUUGAUCCCAAUAGAAGUAGAACGGUGCCAUUAACUGAUGAUCCUAAAAAGAGUGAUAUAUUGUUUAUUCCUCUAAUGGAUCCUCCCAUUGAUCCCGAGGAAUCUCCAAUGAUUGUAAGAGGAAAAUCAAAUCGAGUAUUCAAAGGAGAUCGCAUAUUUUGGAGUGUUCCAUAUUGGACAUUAUCAACCUUAUUUUCAAGAGGAGAGGAAACAAAAUCUCAAGAAAAAGAAUUGGAAGAGUUGAAAGAAAAAUUUAAGCAAGGGGCAAGAAUUAUAGUUCGAAUCAAUCCCUUCAACCCUAAAGAGAGUGUGCUCAUUUGUGGUCAACAGUCUUUUGAUCAAUCAUGGAAAUUUACAUACCUUUACUGCACCAUUAUGGUGUUGAGUGCGUUGACUUUAUUCGCAAUGACAUGGUCCAUGUUUUCAAAUUCUCGACUAGAGAAAAAUAUGGAAGAAAUGUUACAAUUAAUGCUCUCCAAGUUGAAUGAAGUAUUAUCGCGAAGUGUCAACGAGGAGACAAAGGAUCACACGAAUACUCCACUUCAUUACAGAAUUUUAUGGAAUUUUAAUGAGUUUAUAAGACUCUUCACUUCCAUCGUGUUUGACGGCCACACAACAGAAGCUCUCCCUCCCAAUUAUGAGUCCAAGACCAAAGCUCCUCAAUAUUUAGACCUGAACACCCAUAACAAACCUUGA